AUCUCUUUCUGAACUCGACCCUCGUCGCAAAAAUGUCUGCGGCCUUCUCUUCGGUUCGCGCGAUUCGUCGCCCCGGCUCCUUCGCCGGGGAAAAGCACAGUCCUCCUGUGGCCUCCAGCAAGUUCGCCUCCGAUUUCCUCGGGUGCGCCGGGAGGCUUCCAUUCGGGGCCCUCUCCGUGUCCAUCCGCCCCCGCUCUGCUCGGCGUCGCGGAUUGUCCUCCGUCGUCGCGGUCUCAGAUGUCGUCAAGGAGAAGAAGCUCAAGCGUUCUUCCUCGUCUUCGGAUUUGCUUAUUACGAAAGAGGAAGGAUUGGAGCUCUACGAGGACAUGGUUUUGGGCAGGACUUUUGAGGAUAUGUGCGCUCAGAUGUACUACAGAGGCAAAAUGUUUGGCUUCGUCCACCUCUACAAUGGCCAAGAGGCUGUAUCCACUGGGUUCAUCAAGCUUCUGAAGCAAGAAGAUUGCGUGGUUAGUACCUACAGAGAUCACGUCCAUGCGCUGAGCAAAGGGGUUCCUGCUCGCGCAGUGAUGAGUGAAUUGUUCGGAAAGACGACCGGCUGCUGCAGAGGUCAAGGUGGCUCUAUGCACAUGUUCAGCAAAGAGCACAAUUUGCUCGGCGGGUUUGCCUUCAUUGGCGAAGGGAUUCCAAUUGCUACUGGUGCUGCUUUCACCUCAAAGUACAGGAGGGAGGUCUUGAAAGAAUCCGACUGUGAUCAUGUCACGGUCGCGUUCUUCGGGGACGGGACCUGUAACAAUGGGCAGUUCUAUGAGUGCUUGAACAUGGCCGCAUUGUGGAAGUUGCCUAUCGUGUUUGUGGUGGAAAACAAUCUGUGGGCGAUUGGGAUGUCUCAUCUGAGAGCGACUUCUGAUCCGCAGAUAUGGAAGAAGGGGCCUGCAUUUGGAAUGCCCGGUGUCCAUGUGGAUGGUAUGGAUGUGUUAAAGGUGAGGGAGGUUGCUAAGGAGGCUAUUGGAAGAGCAAGGAGAGGGGAAGGACCUACAUUGGUCGAAUGUGAAACUUACAGAUUUAGGGGACACUCUUUGGCUGAUCCUGACGAGCUUCGUGAUCCUGCUGAGAAGGCUCGCUAUGCUGCGAGGGAUCCCAUUGUGGCCUUGAAGAAGUACAUUCUUGAAAACAAUCUGGCAAGUGAAGCUGAGCUAAAAGCCAUUGAAAAGAAGAUAGAUGAGAUUAUGGAGGACUCCGUGGAUUUUGCGGAUGCAAGCCCUCUUCCACCCAGAAGCCAGCUCCUGGAGAACGUGUUUGCUGAUCCUAAAGGCUUUGGCAUAGGCCCCGAUGGAAGGUACCGGUGCGAGGACCCCAAAUUCACAGAAGGGACUGCCCACGUCUAAGCCUCUACUAUUUGUCGGUUCUCUUUGCCUCUUGUUGCGGCGUGUGCGAAAGGUAUAUGAGACCCUUUUCCUUGUUAGAUUAUCUCCUCCUCUUUCUUGUUAGAUUAUCUCCUCCUCCUCCUCCUCCUCUUCCGCUUUGAUUGCUCUUAGGUUUGCUACUUUGAUUACUUCUUAGGGCCCUGCCAUUAGCUUCUCCUUAGCUUCGGUUGACAUUGAACCAUGUAUGUGAUCGAGCUGUUAUAGGCUGGACAAUGAGCAUGUGGAUCAUUUUCUCUGCAUUAAGUAAGUAAACUUGGUUGAUUUA